AUGACAAUACUUCCAAGGUCAUCGCGUUGUCGUCAGGACAGAUCAAGCGAUACGUCAGAUCUUGCAAAAACCUGGGCAAUCGAGCUAUCUCAAUACAACCUGCAGUAUGAGCCCAGACAUGCGAUCAAGGCCCAGGCCAUGGCCGACUUCCUCGUGGAGGUCACAGGAGACCCUCACGAAUCCCCGGGCACACGGUGGAAACUCCACGUUGACGGAGCCUCCAACCAAACAUCUGGGGGAGGAGGGAUAAUUCUAGAGAGCCCGACGGGGAUGGUAUACGAACAAUCCAUCAAGUUCGAGUUUCCGAUCUCCAAUAACCAGGCGGAAUACAAGGCCCUUAUCGGCGGCCUGCUAUUGUCAAAAGAAGUGUGGGUGACAAGGGUAAAGGUGAACAACGACUCUCAGGUUGUCACCUCCCAGAUCAACAGAAUGUAUCAAGCUAAGGACCCUCUGCUACAAAAAUACCUGGAAAAGGUUAAGGGUUUGAGCAAGGACUUUGAAGAGGUCGUGGUACAGCAUGUCCCAAAGGAAAGGAACACACAAGCUGACCUCCUAUCCAACCUGGCCAGUACAAAGCCUGGAACGGGAAACCAUUCCUUGAUUCAGGGCUUAGUGAAAGAGCCAACAGUCGCCUUGUGCGCGUCCCGAGCAGACAUCGAUCCCUCAUGGAUCGACCCAAUCAUUGACUUCUUAGAAAGCGGCGAAGGCGUUGAGAAGGGAGGCAGCCAAUGCCUACAAACCGACCAAACGGACUACGUCCUUAGGGAAGUCCACAAGGGUUGUUGCGGCCAUCACAUCAGGGGAAAGGCUUUGGCCCGGAAGCUCGUGAGAGCAGGGUACUUUUGGCCCUCGAUGAUGACAGAUUCCCAAGAAUUCAUCAAUAGAUGCAAGAAGUGUCAGGAAAAUGCUAACUUCCACAAGACCCCGGCAUCUGAGCUUAGUCUACUAAUGGCCUCCCGACUUUUUAGCCAGUGGGGGAUUGACCUCCUAGGACCUUUCCCAGUUGGCCCUGGACAGGUCAAAUACCUUAUCGUGGCCAUUGAUUACUACACAAAGUGGGUUGAAGCAAAGCCACUGGCUAGUAUUUCAUCAGAUAAUUUCCGCAACUUCGUAUGGAGACAGGUAAUUUCCAAGUUCGGAAUCUCGUAG